UGUAGCCACAUACACCCAUUAAUCUUGUUUUAGAAAAGAUUCUGUGGCUGGUUCGGAAUUCAAAUUUUAAGCCAUGAGUUGCAGAUUUUGAUGGGUUGGUGUCCCAGCUUAGGAGAUUUUUAAUUUAUAUGUGAUUCUGAUGGCAUUAAUAUAAAAUUAAUUAGAGAUUAUGAUGUGUGGAGUUACUAGGAGUAUUUAUCUGAGGAUAAUGUAGGAAAAGAAAAUGAUUAGGAGGGUAUUGAAAUCUGGGGUUGUCUUAGGAAAGGUUGGAGGGAGGAGGCAAAUGAGGUUUUGAGUGCUAGGGACUUGAGCAUCCAACUGACUUGUGUGAGCAUGUUACAUAGGAAUGAGUGGAGGCAAAUGGUUUUUUUGUUAUGACUUGUUGGAGUGUGAACAAGGUAACAUUUAUGAAGGGAUUUAAGGAAACUAGUUAGCCUGACUUGAGUCCCUGAGAUGGUGGGGAUGUUGGGGCUUGGAGAGUGAUUUGAGCUGGAAUGUCAGUGAGCUUGUUUGUGGGGUCACCCUGCCUUGGAGUAUUAAUAAAAAAAAAAAAAGAUAACAUCACAGAAAAAUCAUGUAGGAUCUUUUAUAUUCAGCGAGCAUUUACUCAAAAUAAUUUCAUGCUUUUUAUUUAUAAUUUUUUAGCUGUGAGUGCAAAUGUACAGCAUUCACAUGCCUCACCUGCAUUAUGCACUUAACUGUAUUGUUUGAAAUUUGGUAGUCGAAAAUUGUGUAUAUAGGCCUAAAUUAAUAUUAUAAGAACUUAUACAAAGGGUGAAAGUGUACCUGUAAACCUGUAAUGUUGGAACAAGGAGUGGACAACUUUCUACACACAUAUAUAUAUCCAGACACUCUUCAAGGGAUUACCUUGAUGCUGGUGAAGGGCUCUUCAUCUAAAGAUUUGGAGAUAUCCUCCCCUUCCUUGGAUCAAACCUAAUUACAUUCCACUUCUCCCAUUCUUUAUGGGCUGUAUGACACUUAUGGAUUUAGCACUGGCCCUUGAGUAAUAGCUUGCAUAAGUCUUAGAGUUUAUAACUUAGAGCUGUAAGGCUUGGAAAACUGACUUCAGUGUUUCAGAGAGUACAAGGCUGAUGUUACAGGCCUUGUGAAAUAUGUAAUGAAUGAGCUUUGUAGUGGAAUUGGAAAAAAAAAUUGUUGUUAAAAAGGUAUCUCUUUGGGACAGAUCAUUGUAGAUGUCCAGGUAAAUUAGGGGGAAUGUAUCUUUUUUGCAGUAGAUAAUUAACAAAAGAUAGUGUAAAGUUGACUGAGUAUGCUUGAAUAAAACUUAAUGUCUUGUGAGAUUCUCUUGUUAUACUCUGCUCAUAAAAUCCAAAUGUUUGCUUAUCUGGACUGUCAUAUGCUUAAAAAUAACAGUGAAGGAACUUACUGGAAGAUUGGCUUUUGUAAUGGCCAAAGUGAUGAUGGAGGUAGUUCUGCUACAAGAGGAAGUGGAUAUGCCAACAAGGCUGAGCUCCACUUACAGUGAUGGGUGGAAAAGGAGCACUCACCUUGCACACUUGUUGCUGGCACACAGUAAACAGAGCCGUGCCACAGCUUCUUGGCUCAGGUGCCACCCUUGGGAGGCCAUGCAGAAAGUGGUGUGGCCCACAAAUUCUGCCCAAGGGAUUGGCUGUCUAGCCAAGCACACUUGCUGAGCACACUAACUUGGCUGGCAUUAAAUACUUUGUGCUCUAUAUACUCAGUGAUUUGGUUUGAGACGUAGUGCAGAACGUACAACAUCCCGACGUGGACCGCGAAGUCCACCACCCAGGCCAGUCCCUUUACCUGGUGGCAAUGGAGUUGCUAAUAAUAGUGGCGGUGGCAGAAAACAUUUUAUGCAUGGCGGCAGACGAAAAGGUCGUAACCGUCGCAGACGGGCAAGGGGUGGAGGUGGUGGUGGUGGUGGAGGACCACCAAUGUCUGGAGGCAACAAACAGCCCAUUGCCUCCAUGAGGAUGAGAAUGGAUGACUAUAGACCACCACGUGCUGAAAGGCUAUUGCGGGAUCCUAAAGAUGAUGGUGAUCAUGGAACUGCAGGAGAGAGAGGUCCCAUGGAACAAGUGGUUGUGCGUGCACGACGAGAAGCUUCCACUCGUACAAAAGAUACUUUCUGGACUAAGAAAUUAUUGGAUGCUGAAGCCACUCAACCAAACAGGUGGGCACACACUGGAUUCAAGGAAUUAUACAGAGAUGAGCUAGGAUAUAGUGAUAUUGGGGAGGGGAGCGCUGAUGAAAAGGAAAGAGAAAACCGGGCUUCAUCUCGCCCUCGUGACCCACGGGAUCCAUCGAGCAUUGUUCCUCGCAAAGCUGCCUCCCCCUCCCGCCCCAGAUCCCCACAGGACCCACGGCGGAGAACAAGGAGUGGAUCAGCACACUCUCCUAGAAGGUCCCAAAGACGAUCUCCUAGGCAUUCUCCUCUUAGAUCAGUUCCAAGAGUAUCGCCACGCUCACCAAGACGAUCUCCAAGGCGCUCUCCUAAACCAGUUAAGAGAGUUAAAAAGGUACAUGGUUCGCGAUCACCUACCCGUGGUCGUGUUCAUAAAAGGACAUAUUCUAGCAGCUAUUCAAGAUCAUCUUCCAGUAGUAGUGGCUCUUCAUACUCCAGAAGCUACUCUUCAUAUUCUCGUUCAUCAUCAGGCUCAUCUUCGUCAUCAUUUACAAGUUCUUCAUCCAGUUCAUCUGGAUCCAGAAGAAAACGAUCAUAUUCACCUGCACCCCGAAGACCUAAGUCUUAUUCUGGAUCCCCAAGAAGGGCAAGGGUAAGUAGAAGGCCGCCACCUCCAUCAAAUCCAUCACAGGUACGUAUGAAGCAAGUCACCCAUCAGGAGACUACAAAGAAACUUGUUACCAAGACUGUAAGUAAUGUUGUCAUAAAGUCUCGAAAUACUGCUUCAAAAAUGCCAAAAUUGAAAAACAAGGUAAAAGUUAAAGAAGGGGAGAGUGCAGUACGGAGGAAAGCACGUCCCCCUGUUCCCUUAGCAACAAGUAAUUAUUAUAAUGAAAAUAAUGAAGUUGUAAAAGAGCCACCAGUAUAUAGGGGCCCGGGCACUCCUCCACGUGUGGCCACUGAGGGCCGUCACUUACUAGAUCCUCAUCACUAUAAAGUUGUACCACCUGACCAUCCAGAUUAUCAUCAACCUCCACCUCCACCAAGGGAAUCACCAAGAUCAGAAGGUGAAGACACAGAUUCUGAUUCAUCAUCAGAGGAGGAUGAUGGGCCUCGAAAAAUGACACUUUCAGAAAGAUUUGGAAAACUUGCCCAACUGAGUUCACAGCGACAAGAAUAUGAAGGAGUGCGAAUGAAGAUAGUGCGUGAAGGUGGGCAAGAUAAGAAAGUUUAUCUUGAGGCAGGACGGCUGCAAUCUAGGUCACCUUCCCCAAGUGGUAGAAGUCGUGCAAACCACCCAGCUCAUGAGAGGUGGUUGCAGGAACACCAAGCUGAAUAUAGAGAAUAUCAGGAACGUUAUGGAGAGAUAAGACAGUGGGAUCCCCAUCGUGAUCUUCCUCGAGAAUUACCACAAAAUUGGGAUGAUGUUCAUGUCAGAUAUCGUUACUAUAAAGAAUCGGGUUAUUUUGGGGAUAGAUCUAUUACUCUUGAUGACUAUCUUAAAUGGGAGCAAUGGUGGUACCGUUAUCGAGAUUGGUUGGAGAAGUAUGGAAGUAGCCAAGACUUGGAGGAUAGAGACUGGCAGUAUCGGGCUUCUAGCUAUGAAUAUGAAGGUCGUGGUGGAACUACUACUGGGCUAGGAGGCAGGUGGGCCCGGCGGGAAACUUCACGAGAAGCAGAUGACAGAAAGAGAAGACGCUAUUAAAGUCUAUUUAGGUUUUCUUACCUACGUUAUUAUUUUGAGAAAACAUUUUGUAAUUUUCGUAUUUGAAUUAUUCUUUAUCGUUUACUAGUUUUUUAGGCUUUCUCUUAUGUAUACAGUACAUAUAAUGCAAAUACAAACAUUUGCAUGGAAUAGGUAAUUUAAUAUUUAAAUGUUUAAUUAUACUGUGCAACAA